AUGGGCGACGCGGGCAUUUUACCUCCUCAAAAAUCACUGGACGUCAACUCUCUUCUCCAGCAAUUGACCAUAGAGGAGAAAGUCUCGCUCACAGCAGGGAGAGACUUCUGGCAUACAACGCCGGUUCCUCGCCUUUCGAUUCCCUCAAUACGUCUAUCUGAUGGACCCAACGGUGUUCGUGGAACAAGGUUCUUCGACAGUGUGCCAGCUGCCUGUCUGCCAUGUGGCACAGCCAUGGGCGCCACUUUCGACAACGAUCUCAUCCGCCAGCUCGGCCGUCUUCUAGGUCAGGAAGCCAAAGCGAAGGGCGCGCAUGUGCUGCUCGGUCCAACAAUCAAUAUCCAGCGUUCACCGUUAGGUGGACGUGGAUUUGAAUCUUAUUCUGAGGAUCCGCUAUUAUCUGGCAUUCUUGCUGGCGAGUUCUGUAGAGGUGUGCAGGAUGAGAAAAUUGUACCCACCCUGAAGCACUUUGUCUGCAACGACCAGGAGGACCAGAGGAUGGCUUACAAUGCCAUUUUGACGGACCGAGCCUUGCGCGAGAUUUACCUUUUGCCAUUCCAGAUCGCCACCAGAAUUGCGAAUCCCGGUGCUGUGAUGACUGCGUAUAACAAGGUGAAUGGUGUCCAUGCAUCUGAGUCGCAGAACCUGCUGGAAAAUAUACUGAGAGGAGAGUGGGGCUGGGACGGCCUCGUUAUGAGUGACUGGUUCGGCACAUAUAGCACCUCGGAAGCGAUCAAGGCCGGCCUCGACUUGGAGAUGCCUGGAUCUACACGAUGGCGAGGAGCAGCACUGACGCACGCCGUAUCGGCUAAGAAGAUCAUGACGACAACAUUGGACGACCGGGUACGCAAUAUUCUGAACCUGAUCAACAAGACAGCAGCAUCAAACAUUCCUGAGAACGCACCUGAGACCGAGCUCAAUCGAGAUGAGGACAGGGAGCUAUUACGGCGAGCGGCUGCCGAGUCUAUUGUGCUGCUCAAGAACGAGGACAAUAUCUUACCUCUGAAGAAAGACAAACCAGUCCUCGUGAUUGGUCCAAACUCGAAGAUCGCAGCAUAUUGUGGUGGUGGUAGUGCUGGGCUGAAUGCUUACACAGCCAUAACACCGUUCCAAGGUAUCAGCUCUCGAUCGACGUCCACUGUAUCCUUCUCGCAAGGCGCAUACGCACACAACAAUCUUCCUGAGCUAGGUCCUCAUCUCACCACAUCGGCAGGCAAAUCUGGAUUUGCUUUUAGUGUCUACAAUGAGCCACCAGAAGCACCGAACCGGUCGCUUUUAGAGGAGCGACAUCUGACAGCAUCAAAUAUGUUCUUUAUAGAUUAUUCUCAUCCUCAACUGAAUGAGAUCUGGUAUGCAGAUGCUGAAGGCACCUUUACGCCAGAAGCAUCGGGUAUUUACGACUUCGGCUUGGCUGUACAAGGUACUGCAAGGCUGUACGUCGAUGGCCAAGUCAUAGUCUCGAAUGUGGAGAAUCAGAAGCCCGGCACAUCUUUCCUAGGUUCUGGAACCAUCGAAGAGAUAGGCUCAUGUCAACUUGAGAAAGGCAAACAGUACAAGGUUCUUGUUCAGUGGGGCUGUGCGAAGACGUCGAAACAUAAGGUUGGUGGUAUCAUCGAUUUCGGUCAUGGUGGCCUCCGUUUUGGUGGAUGCUUACGCUUGUCUAGCGAGCAGGCUAUCGAAGAGGCUGUUGUUGCAGCCAAAGAAGCAGAGCAGGUUGUCAUUUUCGCUGGCUUGAAUGGAGAAUGGGAGUCAGAAGGCUUUGACAGGGACACUAUGGCAUUGCCAUCUGGAACGGACAAGCUGAUCUGCAGUGUUCUUGAAGCAAACUGUAAUAGCGUUGUGGUGAUUCAAGCCGGUACUCCUGUCGCGAUGCCCUGGAUCAACAAAGCGAAGUCGGUACUACACGCGUGGUAUGGCGGAAACGAGACAGGAAACGGCCUUGCCGAUGUGAUAUACGGUAAUACGAAUCCUUCCGCCAAACUCCCACUCACGAUACCCAGACGUGUCAACGACAAUCCCGCCUUCUUGAACUACCGAUCAGAUGCCGGUCGAACACUGUACGGAGAGGACAUCUUCGUAGGAUAUCGAUGGUACGACAAAGUCGAGAUCGAUCCCCUGUUCGCUUUCGGGCAUGGUCUGAGCUACACGAGUUUCGAGCUGAAGGACCUCCACGUCUCAGGGAACGGAUCGACGAAGACUAUCUCGUUGACACUGACCAAUACUGGGUCGAUGGCAGGUGCAGAAGUCGUGCAGGUUUAUGUGGCGCCAUCGACAUCCUCAAAAGCAGCACAUAGAGUGAUUCGACCAGUCAAGGAAUUAAAAGGUUUCGCCAAAGUCUACCUCGAGCCGCAACAUAGCCAGGUUAUCGAGAUACCUGUUGAGAUGGUUCGCGCAACGAGCUUCUGGGACGAAGAACGCGGCGCUUGGUGCUCCGAGAAGGGGGCUCAGAAGUCGAAAUCUCGGCAACCCGAUGGUGGUCCGGACUAUGAUCUGCGAUGCUUCGGGAUCUAUCUGGCGUGA